CGUGCCACAGCCCGCUGCUGGCGGGGAGGCGGCGGGACACGGCCCGAACCCCGCCCCGCCAUGCCCCGGGACAUCGCCCUGCGCCGGGGGCCGCCCGCAUCCCCGGCCCUGGCGGCUGCCAUGGCAACGCGGGUACCAUGGUUUCCCUCGUCCCACCGUUGCCUGGUUACCAGCCCCCCGUGCUGAGAAGGAUGCUCCGGCGGUCCGGCCCGCCCCGCUGCAGACCCUGGGGCACGCCCUGCCUGCCCCGGCACUCCCCGGGCCGGCUCUGUGGGACACGGGGAUCCCGGGGAAGGGGGAGGUAUCCUCUCCCGGUGUUUGGCAGCAUUCUGGCUUCUGUUGUUAAAUAUUGUACUAACACCGUAGCAGUACAUAAACAGUGGAGUGCUUUAUCCUGGGAAAGCAUAGCAGAGGCAGGGAAGAGCGUGUCUCUCAGGGUGUGUAAUUAAUGCUUCCUGCAGAAACAGAUAUCGGAGUCCAUGUGGUGGAACUCGGAUCUUGCAGGAAUAUUUCUGUGGGUGGGAAAGUGACAGGUGGUUUGUGUGGAUGUGAAUAAGCUUUGCAUCAUGAAAGAGCAGCCUCUUGGGAAAAGCUGCAUGUGGACUUGAAGCUGUUCCCCCCAUUUCAGCAAGCUCCCAGUGUUCUAAGGCACCGUUGGGUCCCGCUGGGACUUUUAGCCCCCCUGGGUGGUUUCAUUCCCAGCUUGAAAUGAAGUCAAGCCCAGAGAGUCCCUGCCUGCACGCAGAGGAGCGUGUCUCCGAGGUGGAGUGAUGGGGAGCGCGCGAGGGAAAGCUGCCAGCAGAAAGUGCAGUCUCUGCAGAGCCUGGCCACCUGUUAGAGCGUUCGUGAGCCUGCCGGAGAACACCCCUGUGCCCAGGAGGCGUGGGGCUGGCUGCGCCUUCCUCUCAUCAGGCUCUUAUUUCACGCUCGCCCUGGAAUUUCAGCUGCCUCCUUGAAAGUUAGCCAUUCGGGUGACACAUCGUGGAGUCACGGUUUUGCUUGGAGUUUGGACUUGGCUGCAGCGACAACUCCCCAGCAUACCAAACCCGCAUCUUUGUGUCUGGUUGUGCCCCAGUGUUUGCCUUUCGGGCUGUUGGUGUGUUUUCAGUGUGUAAAGCGACCACCAAGCUCUGCAGCUGUCGUGUCACUGUACCACCCACACCCAGAGCGGCACUGCUCACGCCAGGCAGCAUGAAGGUGUCCGGCCGAGGGGCUGUGCCGCCCGGCUGUCCCUUCUCACAGCGUGCAGCCGCAGCGGUGCUGGCCGGAGCAACAGCCGUGCCCGGUGGGGACGGCUGUUUGCCUUGUGCUUGCUGGUGGUCGUGGCUGAUGGCAACAGCGAAGGAGAGAAUGAAGAAAAUGUCCGCUCUUUGAUGCUCUGCGGAGCGUGGCAGCAUUGUGGUACCCCAGGACAGCCGGGAGCUUGAGACAGCUUCUCUUACGCUGCUGUUUCACUGUUUUCUGGUGAUCUGGAUUUCCCUCGCCACCAGGACCCACCAGUGGCCAUGGAGGCAGCGCUCAUCUUCCUCUGCUCCCUGCUGGUGCCAGCGGCCGUGGCAGACGUGGGCACCCAAGAGAAGGAGGAGGAGGAGGACCCCUUUAACUAUGAUUACCAGAGCCUGAGGAUCGGGGGGCUGGUGUUUGCUGUGGUCCUGUUCACCGUCGGAAUUCUCCUUAUACUCAGCAGGAGGUGCCGGUGCAGUUUCAACCAGAAGCCCAGAGCUCCGGGGGAUGAGGAGGCUCAGGCGGAGAACCUGAUCACUGCAAAUGCCACGGGAGCGCCGAAAGCAGAGAACUGAACACGAGCCAUGCGACCCGCGGACAGACACUCGGACCGCAGAUGCCAGCGGCCUGCGAGGAAACUGAAAUCGCAGCAACAGGUCCCUUUAAGGAGAUGCGAAGCUGCUGUGUCUGUGUUACCCUCUGUACUCCAGCACUGGUUCUCUGUUUACUAACCCGACUAAACUCCGCUCUGCCUCCCGUGGUGUGUAACGUUGAUGUGAGAUGACCAUUACCUCUAGGGCUAGUCGUUGCUGAUGUUGUAAUCGUGAGUCUCUCUUCACCUCUGUCGUGCUGUGCGUGUGACUCGGGCUGUGUACGACUGGCAGGGGCUGCCCCCCGGCUGCCCCCAGCCCCAGGCAGGGGAGCUGCAGGCAGGGCGGCUCGUGGUGCUGCGGUUCACCCCGGCUGGCUCUGGGCUGGGCUUGGGGACCAGUCCCGCGGCACUUCGGGGACCUGCCCAGCAUGACUCUGGGCCUCACGCUGCCAUUUCAGCAAUAACCCCCCUGCACACCCCCAGCCCCAAGGCAGCCAUGGUGGGGGGCGAGUUGGGCAGGGACACCCCGUGCCUCAACUUCCCUCGGUGGUGGCACCUGGGUGCUGGAUUUGAGGCUGAAGGGAGUUCCCCUUUCUUUGCUCAGCACUCUCUGUUUGUGUCCCUGGCUAAAGUCAAGCCCUUGUCUAUGUGGGAUGCUGUUCUAAAUGUGAGGAAAUACUGUGGUGGCAGAGGAGCCCGUGAAGUCCCCCAGCACGGUGACACUGUGAAAGAGGGCAGCUGUGCGGCGGUGACCCUGCCAACCGGCACACAGCGGCUCCUCGCCAACGCUCUGCCUGCCCGAGAGACGGAGGCGAGCAGGUUAACAGCCUCUGAGGGCUAAAGAGAAACACGGACUGAAAUAAAGAUCCUGCUUGUCUCUGGCAGGGAAGGGGCAGUGGCGUUCCCUCCAUGCUCUGUGCCCUUCCUGAUGCCCUGUUGCUCCCUGUGCUGUGGCCCAGGACACGGCCACCUGUGUCCGUGCUGCGUGUUGUCCCGUGGCGGUUCCGUGUCAUCAGCCCCCGAUGCCAACUGCCCCUUCUCCCCGCGGAGCAGCGAUGAGCGAUGCUCGAGCUUUGCACGUCUGAGCUUGCACAGGGCUGGCUGCGGAGGAGCUGAGCCCUGAGUCCAUUGUCACCUUGUGUCUGCUGGUGGGUUGGAGGCAAACCUGCGCGUCUGACCCCUUCCCCAAGGCCAUGGGCGUGCGGAACUGUGGCCUCAGCCAGGCCUGGGUCUGCUGGCUUGGUUGCGGGCACUUGCCAAGGCAUGGUCAGCAGCAGGAGAUCCCCAGGGCUGCAUUGAAACAUGUCAGAGUGCCGUCCUUGCGCUGGGAAGAGGUUCUUGUCCUCCGGGGUGGUUUUGAGAGGAGUUUCUGCCAUGCGCACCCCACCAUAGUGGCCCUGCCUGCAGCGUGGGCUGUGUCACCGUGUGCUUUGCACCCCUUGGUGGGGCUGGCAGCACGCUCUGUGCCGGGCAGAGGGACCACGUCUGCUGCACUGUGCCCCUUCCACUCCUCCUGGCCAUUGCACGGAGCCGUGCUGGGCGCCUGCUCCGCAGCAGAGCAGACCCCGCGCAGCCCAGCCCCUGUGUGCGUCCCGCAUCGCGGUGCCCAUGCUGUCUGUAGUGUGCGCUCGGUGUUAACACGGAACAAAGAAAUCCUUGUGGUGUGUAGAAAUGGCAAAAAUCCUGACUGUUGUAAAAUAAACUGAGCUAUUGUGUUUCCUUUUAAA